GCGCACUGGAGCUGAGGGGUGGGAGGCUGAGGCAGGCUGCCCGGCACAGAUACACACACACACGCGCACACACACACAUAUAAAUACCGGGGAGGAGAGGAGACGAGAAAAAACUGGAGAGAGAAUGGACACUGGGAGCCAGCAACUGCUGAACAGGUGAAAAUAAGGACAACAUCGGCCAUAUGGAGGUGUUGUGAGGAGAUCUGGGGAUUGCGGCACUCAGCUCUGAAGGCUCUCAGCGUUCACACACACACACACACACACACACACACACCUCGAUGCUGGCUGGUGUCUAUCUGACUUAACUGAGGCUUCACGGACUCCCGCUCACUCUCUCACUCUCGCGGACUUUCUGGACAUCUGUGGAGGCCUGACGCAGCGACGGCCAUGAAGUUCAAGCCCAACCAGACGAGGACGUACGACGGCGAGGGCUUCAAGAGGCGAGCGGCGUGUCUGUGCUUCAAGAACGAGCGAGAGGACGAGGUGUUGCUGGUGAGCAGCAGUCGACAUCCAGAUCAAUGGAUCGUACCAGGGGGAGGAAUGGAGCCAGAGGAGGAGCCCUGCGGGGCAGCAGUGCGGGAGGUUUAUGAAGAGGCUGGUGUGAAGGGGAAACUGGGGCGCCUCUUGGGUGUAUUUGAGCAUAACCAGGACAGGAAGCACCGUACAUAUGUGUAUGUACUGACCGUGACAGAGACUCUGGAGGCCUGGGAGGACUCAGUAAAUAUUGGUCGUAAGCGGGAGUGGUUCCCAGUGGAAGAGGCUAUAAAGGUUCUGCAGAGCCACAAGCCGGUCCACGCCGAGUACCUGAGACGUCUUCAGCUGUGCUCUGCAACCAACAAUGGCAACAUCCUCCUCCCUUCCCCUCCUCCAAAUGACAACACACCUCGCUACAGUGCUCCUCCAGUAACCCCUCGCAGAUAGGACUGCUCUCAAACACACACGCGCUCCCUCUGGGGCCUGAUCUCGGGACCUGUACAACACACAGCCACCUACGGGCAUGGACAUUUGCCUGGAUCUCUGAAUCGUCAAGGAGAUGACUGUGUCUCCUGCUGUGAUCUUUUGAAAAGUGCUUUUGCUUGGAUAUAACUAGGGUUGUACAAUAUUGCGAUUAUAUUGCUACAUAUUGCAGGUGCAAUGUGCUUUAAAAUGUAUUCAGACACGUAAGUAAGUCUUUAUGUAAGAUGGAUAAAGAUUUUGACGAAAUUAGAAAUGUCACUGAUUAUGUUAUCAUGUAAUAAUUUUUGGGAUGGUUGCAUAUUGCAGCCGAUCAGUAUUGCAGAGGCCAACAUUGCAAUUAUGACAAGCAAACGAUAUGUUGUGCACCCCUAGAAAUAACCAAGGUUAUGCAGAUUUGGUUUAAGAAUGCCUUAAAUGUUUUUUUUUGUUGUUGUUUUUUUAACAUCUGGUCUGUAACUGACCAAACAGAGUUACUGGAUUUCGGAUCUACUAUUAUUUCGACUUCCAUCGCUCUCAUUAAGUCCUGCAUCUGAAUUCACGUUACCUCAGCACUCUACUGGAAUGUCCCAAUAUUAGCCCUGUAGAUCAUAAGUGUUGGGACUGUUUAAGGACUCGCUGCCUCUUCCCAUCUUGAAUGGGAGGUGAAUUUAUAAGAGGUCCAUUCACAGUCACACGUGGUACCUCACUGUACUGUACCCUUAACUUCACCAGCCUGAGUGUCAGGACUGUUCCCUGCUUUAGUCUGUCAUUUGCACUGUUUCACUGAUCCAGUAAAAUGAACAGAAACCUCCUUUUAACAUUCAUAAGAACCAAUCCAAACCACCCCUUUAAUCGCUGCCCCUUUAACACUGGUCCAUGAGUGUGCCGGCCAAUAAGUUGACCGGCGAGAGCAUCUAUUGUACAGAAUCACGUGAUCAGAGGGAGGACUCUAACAUUACAUUGAAGGUAUUCUCAAGGCCAUUCUUAGCUUACGCUUAUGCUAAAACUAAACAAUGUUUUGUAAAUAUUCUGAACUGAAGAUAAAAUGUGUCAAGGUUUUUAAGUGAAAUAUGUAUUAACUUCUGCUGAAAUCUUUUCUAUUAUCUAUAAUAUUUUCUAUUUCUAUGAAUGACAGAAACAAACUGUGAGAAACGAAACAAGCUGGUACGCUCUUAAAAAUAAAGGUUCCUGAUUGGUUUCUGCCUUGGAUGUACAGUUCUAGGAACGGACUUUAUUUGGUAUAUUUGGACCUUCAGACUAAGUGGAGGUUCUUCACAUUUUGAAAAGGGUCUUCACACUCACGCAUUUACAUUCUUUAGAGAACCACAAGUGGUUCUUCUGCAGCAGCCCUUUCUUGGCACCUUUAUUUUUAAGACUGGAAUUGGAUCAAGUGUCCAGGACGAAUAUCUUAGCUCCCCAUACCCGAAUCUCCAAGCCGUGUCCAAGGGAAUGGGGGCAUUUCUGAAUGUGAACAGUGUUCGAAAAGACCUUUUUAACUCAAGAUAAUGACAAACUAUGUCUACUGUUUGUUGUACUACAGUUAUGGUAGAUAAUCUAUCUUGCCAGGUUGGGCUCCCCACCUAAAACUGCUCCAAAUUCCAUGUUUUGGAGCGGGAGGCUUAUCACAGACUGGUGGGGGGAGCAACCCAUAACUACCUACAGCUGAUCAAUGCUGCUAAAAGCAACUUCUGUGUGAUCAACUGGACUCUUGACCUCUUAACAUGAACACUAAAAAUACAUUCACUCUGAGAUUUGUAUGGGACGUUUAUGUCUGUUUGUGUGUAUGUGUGCAGUGUAUGUAUCCGUCACGACGGUGUGGAAGAGAACAAGACUCUCCAGUGCCAAACUUUCAGGGAUAUGAGAGGUUGGAUGUGCAAUGUGGAAUGAAAGAUUGAGUGGCAUUUAUCUGCUGGAACAAUUUAAGGUAUCCAACGGCCUCGUGAGUUUCAAAGGCCUACAUUUUCCAGUCUGUAAAUUUCCUCCAGGGUAUUACACCAUCCAAGAACAGUACUACCGAGUGCAGGUUAUCCAGGCUUGUGCAGUGUGCUGAAAAACAACACCUUCAUAACUCAUGCUGCUGCACAGCGUUAAUCGUCUUGACUUUGCAAAACUAGGCUGGCUUUGGAUAACACCCAUGGUAGUAUUUCUUUAAUUAACUUUGUAUGAUAAUAACUCACCAUAUUUAGAUUUUCUAUACGAACUGGAGACAGUCAGGCGGUCUAGGUUGCUGUAAAUGUGGUUUUGCUGGAUCUUCUGGUUUAAGUUGAAGUAACUCUGAUGUUUCUGAUGUGAAUGUUAUUAGGACGUACUGAAGCCCAGGCUAUGUCUGAGCAGUCACUCAUCUGCUUAUUAAUGCAGACUGGUUAACAGUUUCUCUGUUUUAUGCUACUAUGUACUGUUAAUGAGGGAUAUUUUAAUCUGUCUACAGAUUGUAUUGUAUUCCAAAAGAUCUUUCAUUAAAAAGGGAAGAACUUGAACAAGUGAA